AGCGACUAGCAUUCUUCAGAAUUUCUAUUUUUUGCAAGUGAAAGAAAGCAAGUCAUAUUUAGAACGACAUGAUGAGAGUGAUAAAUGGUGACAUGAUUACAAAAUUGUCAUUGUUGCGAUGAACCAUGCCUUAAAUUGUACUCUCCUGUGUUAGACACUAGCUUCUUAAUUACACUAAUGAACUUAAUGGCAGGCACACGAUCACGACGUUAUUAAGAUACAUAUUUUUGGGGGAAGUUUUCCAUUAUUCUGUCAUUUGCAUCCAAACAAACAUGAAGAAACGCAUAAUAAACAUCAAAAUUGUUUAUCCCCGCGGAGACAGGUAGGGAGUAUUGACUGGAGUGAUAGCACAGCUCAAAGCGAGUGUGAUUGGUGCUCCUCGCAGCAUCAGGAGACCUGUGGCUCAUCGCUGGAGUCCAGCGGGAGAUUCCUUACAGAGACACAGAGCAGAACGCACGCGCACUUGUGUGGACAAAUUAAGGCUUAUUACUAUACCUGAAGCAAAGAGUUUCAGUUAGAUAAUUAUUCACCAGAAGGAAUCACUAUGGAUUGCUCUGAGGAAGUGCAGUCUCUCUCAGAUGAAGCCAGCACUCCCAUCGAGAUGAAGAAAGGGAUGUCAAUAUAUUUGGAUAUAUUGAGAAGAGCUGAUAAAAAUGAUGAUGGGAAGCUGUCCUUUGAUGAGUUCAAGGCUUAUUUCUCAGAUGGUGUUCUGUCAGGAGAUGAAUUAAAGGAGCUCUUCCAUACAAUUGACACUCAUAACACAAACAAUGUGGACACGGAUGAGCUGUGUGAAUACUUCUCUCAGCAUCUUGGAGAAUAUGAAAACGUCCUCGCUGCCUUGGAAGACCUGAACGUAUCCAUACUGAAAGCCAUGGACAAAACCAAGAAGGACUAUCAGGAGGCUACGCAUCUGGAGCAGUUUGUGACACGUUUCCUGUUGAAGGAGACCACCAGUCAGCUGCAGUCUCUCCAGAGCUCUCUGGAGUGUGCCAUGGAGACCACAGCCGAACAGACCCGGCAGGAGAGAGAGGACAAUCAAUGGAUAACUCAGAUCAACAGACUGCAAAAACUGAUCGACCGUCUCGAGAAAAAGGCAACAGGCUACACAAAUUAUUUCUGUCUUUCUCAUUAUAAUGCUUUCUCUCUGUCUGUCAUCACUCUUCCUUCUAACUUUACAAUUCAUUUGAGGGUAAAUGUCAUGAAACCUGUCAAUAACUUACCUCCCUCCCAGCACAUCCUGAUCGUGCAGAGGCAGCUCUCAGUGCUGGAGGAGGAAGUGGAGGAGUUUCGUCUGGCUCUCCGACAGUACAUCGACUGCGCCAGCGCCCAGACUGGCUGCCUCCAUGUUGCAGUUCAGCGGCUUGCCAAUGAAUCCCGCUUCAUACUGUAUGAGUUCUGGGAGCAAAGCAACAUGUGGAAGAAUCAUCUGCAGACCAAUUACAGCAAAACCUUCCAGAGAAGCAAUGUGGAUUUCUUAGAGACGCCAGAGAUUAUGACAACUAUGCUGGUUCCAGCAUCAUGGUGGGUUCUCAACAAUAACUAGAAUCUGUCGACUCCCGUUAGAUGACAGCAGACAUUACGAGGACCACACAAGCCUGGACUGACAUCUGUAUCCCUGUCAUCAGGAACAUGUUGUGUUCAUAUUUGCUGUAUAGUCAUAAGUGACUAGCACUUGCUUUCAAUGUUGUUACAUUCUUAGCUCUAUAGGAGUAGUGUAAACUGUAGAGGAUAGCAAAUAAAGCAAUGAGAUCUUUGUUCUCCAGUGAUAGCACUCCAAUCCCAUCAGAGAUGCAUAAGAUAUGUGUUCAUCUGUGCCGUGAAAGUACAGUGUUGAGUGCUGUCAAUCUGUCUGUAGCACAGGUCUGUGUCUCCUCGCGUAGCAGCACUUGACAUGACCAUUUAUUUGAGAAGAUAUACUUCUGUUCUUGUAUUCCAUGUAGUUUGUCAGCUCAGAAUGAACAUGUGAAAUUAAUGUGACCAACCACAAUUUUCAUUUUAAGUUUUGCCAAGUGGAGGUAUAGUAUCAAGUGGUUAAUAAAGUUUC